AUGGGCAUCCUUCUACAACCUCUCGUUGACUACCAUCCAUGGAACCAGCUUGGAGCAUUGACGACACUAACACUCGCUUGUCUCGGUGCUCUAGGACUUCUAGCUUGGCAUUUCCGCGAAGAUAAGCCGUAUGCGGGCUUCAAGUUGAUCGGCAAAGAACGAGGAGAGUGGUCGUACGAGAAGGCGAGGGAAAGAUGGAACAACAAUGCCUUUGAGCUCUUGCGGACAGGGUUCGAGGAAACAAAGGGCCGGCCAUUUCAAGUUAUAUCCCCGUUUGGUCCCUUAGUGAUGCUGCCCCCGAGUCUGUGCGACGAAGUUCGCAAUGACAAACGCUUAACAUUCACCGGGUUCAUCGACCGACAAUGGCUCACGCGGUAUCCCGGUUUAGAUAUCCUGCAAGAUGGUCUCAAGGAAGAAAUCAUACAAGAAGCCAUGCGGAAGAACCUCAACCAAGAACUUGUGUACUUGACGGAGCGACUCCGCGAAGAGGCGUCUCUUAUCCUCAGAGAACAACUCCCGUCAAGCAAAGAAUGGCAAGAAGUCAGAUUCUUUCCCGUGGCCACUCAACUCGCUGCACGCUUGUCUGCAAAGAUCCUCCUCGGGGGCCGUCUCUGUCGCGAUAAAGAGUGGAUAACAGUCUCCAUCAACUUCACCGGUGUCAUUCUCCGCGCAGGCCGAGCUCUGCGCGCCUGGCCAGUUCUUCUUCGUCCUCUUGUGCACCGCUUCGUACCGACGCUCAACUACCUUCGAAGUCAGAUCACGCAGGCACGAAGGAUUAUGGAGCCCGAGCUUGCGGCGCGAAGACUGGCGAGGGGUGAGAAGGAGAGACCUAUGGAUUCACUAUCGUGGAUUGACGAUGUUCGGCGAGGGAGAAAGUUUGAUGUCGUUGCUGGACAACUGUUUCUCACAUUUGCGGCUAUUCACACGACGUCUUCUGUGGUGACUGCCAUAUUGUAUGAUUUGCUGGCGUACCCAGAGUAUUUUACUCUGUUGAGAGAAGAGAUUGUCAAGGUGUUUACCGAGGACGGGGGUUGGAGCAAGAACAGUCUCUUCAAGUUGAAGUUGAUGGACAGCUGUAUGAAAGAGAGCCAGCGAUUGCACAUAUUGGGUCCUCAUAUCAUGAACCGCAGAGUCGAAGAGGCCAUGACCCUCUCUGACGGAACGUACCUCCCAAAGGGCACCUUAAUCACCGUAGCCACACACAACACCCGCGAUCCAGCACUCUGGGGACCCGAGCCCGAGAAAUUCGACGGCCACAGGUUCCUGCGUAUGCGUGAAGAGCCAGGGCAGGAGAAUCGGUGGCAGUUCGUCUCGACGAGUCCCGAGUUCCUCGCCUUUGGCCAUGGGACGCACGCGUGCCCGGGACGAUUCUUUGCCAGCAACGAGAUGAAGAUUGUGUUGGCGCAUCUAAUCAUGAACUACGAUUGGAGGAUUGUGGAAGGCAAGCCCCCGGCAAGCAUGUUCGUCAGUCGCUUUGUGCCGGAUCCAAGGACGGUUAUUGGAUGCAGGGCGAGGACCCCAGAGAUUGAGCUGUGA